AUCCUUGCCUCUGCUGCUUCUCCGCAUUAGCCACUGGGACCAAACAAACUCCAUCCCAAAGCGCCUGGCUGCCGGCUUUUGCAAAGAUGCCUAGUGUCACGGUGAAAGAUGUCAACCAGCAGGACUUUGUCAGGGCGCUGUCAGCUUUCCUCAAAAAGUCUGGCAAACUGAAAGUCCCAGAAUGGGUUGACACCGUGAAGCUUGCCAGGCACAAGGAGCUGGCUCCCUGCGACGACAACUGGUUUUACACCAGAGCAGCGUCCACAGCCCGUCACCUGUACCUGCGAGGAGGGGUGGGCGUUGGCUCUAUGAUCAAGAUCUACGGAGGCCGUCAGAGGAAUGGCGUUUGCCCGGCCCACUUCAGCGUUGGGUCUAGGAAUGUGGCAAGAAAGGUCCUCCAAGCUCUGGAGGGCCUCAAGAUGGUGGAGAAGGACCCCAAUGGCGGACGCAGACUUACCCCUCAGGGCCAGAGAGACCUGGAUAGGAUUGCUGGUCAGGUUGCCUCAGCAAACAAGAAACAGCGAAGUUUACAAAGCGCCAUCUGAGGAAUGCAUGCAAAGAAUCCAGACAAGUCAAAUGCAGUUAUGCCUUACUGCUUAUUUACUCGAGUUUGCUUGUCUCCCAUAUCACUCCAGUGCCCACAGUAACCCCAGUGCAAAGGGCAUUUCAUAGAGAUGCAUGUGUACAACAGUAAGUACAAAUUCAAUACUAUACAUAGAUGUUUUGCCAUUUUAGAUUUGCCUUUUGCUUGUAAUUCGUCAUGAAUUUCAAGACAGCAGUGGCCUUAAGAUGGGAAAAACACUGAGUGAUACACCAGACACAGAAACACUAAGCAGUAAUAUCAAUUAACAGCAUGUUAAUAUUGUUUUGCCAACAACUGUGAACCUUAAUACAGAAAAAAAUGCAUUUGGAUGCUUAAGUAUGAUUUUAUUCAUUUAUCCAACUGUUUGUUGCUUGCAGAUUAUUGCAUAGAGAUGUUAUUUAUGAGAUGUAUAUGAGUGAUGAACAAUAAUACAAAGGUUGUCCCAAAUAAACUGAGUGUCCGAGUAUGGUGGCGUAAUGUCUGCUUGCACUUGGAUGUAUGUGUGACAGCUGUGUGUGUGUGUGU